AUGCCUACAGAAUUGGAACAACUGGUCGACUUUGUCUCUCAUGGCAAUACUCAAGUGCGACAGCUUGCUGUUGAGAACCUCGUCCCAUACUCUCUUACAGACCCCACGAUAUUCAAAACAAAUGACCUCCUCCCCAUAAAAGACUUGAAGCUGUUAGUGCGAGAUUACGAAAAAAUUGCCCACGAUGCGACCACAAUCCUCAUAAACCUGACUGCAGACCGGGAGAUACUCGAGAACCUAGCUUCGGAUAGAGACUUCGUCAAGACAUUACUAGGCCGUGUGACAAACCCAGCGGAACCCAAUGCGAACCUCAUUUCCAUGCUACUAGCCAACUUAGCCAAGUACGACGAAUUAAAAGACAUAUUGACGGUCGAGGCACCUGCGCCAAAAGAGUUGGCGUCCAACAACAAGGCAAUCGAUCAACUGUUAGACCUGUUCGUAAAAGGUGCAGAUGGCACGUACAACAAAGCAGCCGACUUCGACUACCUCUCCUACCUCUUCGCAGACCUCGCAAAGCACAAAGAAGGGCGGCGAUACUUUCUCACGAAGCAAGAAUACGAUGGCGUGGUCCCGCUCACGAAACUUGUCGUCUUCACUGAACACAGGUCGGAUAUCAGACGGAAGGGAGUAGCGUCGACGAUCAAGAACGUCGCGUUUGAAAUCGAUGCGCACCCCUCUUUCUUAGAUGAGGACCAGAUAAACAUACUUCGAUACCUACUGUUGCCCAUAACUGGCAAUGAGGAGUUCUCCGACGAGGAAAGCAGUUCCAUGUUACCGGACCUACAGCUCCUGCCUCCUGACAAGCGGAGGGAUUCAGAUCCAUUGAUCAUACAAACGCACAUUGAGACGUUGAUGCUGCUUACAACGACGCGGCAAGGCAGAGAUCUGAUGCGCGAGAUUAAGGUGUAUCCCAUUGUCAGAGAAACGCAUUUGCAUGUGGAGCAUGACGAGGUCAGGGAUGCGUGCGAGCGACUAGUGCAGGUUCUGAUGCGAGAUGAGGAGGGAGAGGAAGUGGGCGAAGGGAUGAAGGCCUUGGAGCGGAUGCCUAGGACGGGAAAACCAAGUCAUCCUCAGAUUGCGGCUGGGGCGGGGAGUUGGGCGAAGCAGGAUGUGGAGGAGGAUGACGACGACGACGACGAUGAUGAUAAGAUAGUCGAAGUAUAG